AAAAGCCUAGAUUGGAUUUCUUUUUCAUUUCCCUCUAAUUUUUCCAUUCUCUAAUGUUUGGAGGGAAAGACAAAGUUUUAAUUUCCUACGAUUUUUUUUUUCAAAUUUGACCUGAGCUUACAAAACAGAAUUCGAGCAGCUCACUUUCUUGAUCUUGCAGAUUUUUGAAUUCCAGGUGAGAAAAUCUUCCUUAAACGUGCAAUGCAGACAAGGGAAAGAGCAACUGGUAGAAAUUCUCGUGAGGUUGUCAGCCCUAGGGUUCCAAGACUGCAGAAAAAAUUGGUUGAGAAUGUGCAUGUACAGGGAAAGAAAGUUGCUGAGCUAAUUACAUCAUCUGCGAGAAAGAAAAAAGUUGUUCGCACAAAAUUAAAGGUAGUUGAGGAAUCUGUUGGUGGAACAAAUUUGGAUUCCAAAUUCAGAUUGGUAGAUGCAGAGGACUCCAACAUAUGUUUGGGUCAUCAAGCUGAGCAUGAGUCUCAUAAUUCUUUUAUAAAUAAGAUUCAUGGGAAUGGAGCUGCUGAUUACAGUGCGGGCACCAUAUUCUCUCCUUCCUUUCACCUUGCUAGAAGUGAUGUCGAUGAUAUUUCAAGUGAAGGUUGA